GCUCAAACAGAUGAUAUUAAAUCAGGACAUUAUUAUUGAAUCACAGCAAAACACUGAAAUGACACUUCUAAGCAUGUCAACAUGUUUCCAUUAACUGAGUUAUAUGAUAAAGGUUGAAGGCUACAUCCAUGAGCGGAUUAUUUUUGUUUAGCAGGACGCUCUGUUACAUGACUCCUCAUUCCUGUUGGCCUUUAGCCACAGAGAGGCCUGCAGAAUGGAGCCACUGGACUGUUGAUUAUUAACAUGUAAUUGGCCACUGGCUGUACUGUGCUCAAUGGGGCAGAACCAACCACUUAACUCUCUGGGAUCCACUUAACUGCAGCACUGACCUUUAACUCGUGCUUGAGCUAUGCAGUCAGUGAUUUGUUGUGUCAAGACUAAAAUCAAAAUCAAUUCAUGGAGCAUACAGGACGACAGUCUAAUGCCAUCAGGAGACAAAGUGUUAACUGGCAAACAAAUAUGUUUUAGUUUUUACAUGAAGCAGGUUUGUGCACCAGAUGAUGUUUUAGUAACUACAUUUUAUUUGUUUGCUGUCUUCCUUCAAAAACAAGGCAUCGCUCUCCCUGUAGUGAGCUACAGCACUACUCAAAGCAACCCUCUUAACUCAGUUAGUGAAGAGAAAUGUCUUCCAUUACUGGAACUAAGAUUCUGUAAGAAACAAAAUACCUUAUAACGUACUUUGUGUAGGAGCCAAUGAAAGACAACAAAAACUGAGCAUGAGAAACUAGUUAAACUCUGCAACAAACUCCAUCAGAUUGUCUGGAGGUUAAAUUGAUUUGUUAUUGAACGCAGCAGGGUGAUGACUUGUUUUUGUUUUAUUGGGUUUCUAAACAGAAUUUGAUCGCUUUGGUUUUCAUCAUGUGCUUCGGUUAUCUGAGGCUCUCUCCCUGCUGCAAAGCUGAGCAUGCACUACACUGACCACUGUCCGGAAGCAGUGUCACGUCGCAUUCUGUGUUGUAGAGUCUCUGGGGACCCCUCCUGGAAAAGCUGGCAUAUAAAACGAGUGACUCGCCCCUCCCGGUCAAACUGGACCCAGCCUGCGCCCCACGCGCCUGUGCUGCGCUUCAUGGAUGCUUCAGCACUACAGCAUCCUCAGCCCUGCCCAGCUCAGCGGAACUGAAGCACGGUGACACGGUCAAAUCCGACUCUCCUUUUCGGGCUACUACACUGUACCAGAGUGUUCCUGCAGCAGCCAUGGCGAACAGAGGGCCCAGCUACGGACUGAGCCGAGAGGUGCAGGAAAAGAUUGAGCAGAAGUAUGACCCAGACCUGGAGCAACGAUUGGUGGACUGGAUAGUUACUCAGUGUGGAGGGAACAUAGAGAGGCCACAGGCGGGCAGGCUGAACUUCCAGAAAUGGCUGAUGGAUGGGACGAUCCUCUGCAGGCUCAUCAACAGCCUUUAUCCGAGGGGGAAGGAGCCGAUCAAAAAGAUUCCAGAGACGCAGAUGGCCUUCAAACAAAUGGAGAAAAUCUCUCAGUUUCUGCAGGCAGCUGAAGCGUACGGAGUCACAACCACUGACAUCUUUCAAACCGUGGACCUGUGGGAAGGAAAGGACAUGGCAGCAGUGCAAAGGACUAUGAUGGCUCUGGGUAGUUUGGCUGUCACCAAGGACGACGGUCAUUACAGAGGAGACCGUGACUGGUUUCACAGGAAAGCCCAGGCGUAUCGACGUGAUUUCAGUGAAGAGCAGCUCCGUCAGGGUCAGAGUCUGAUUGGCCUGCAGAUGGGCAGCAACCGCGGGGCUUCACAAGCUGGUAUGACAGGCUACGGUAUGCACCGUCAGAUCAUGUAGGCCACUCUCUACCUAACCUGCUCCCCUGCUUCCUGUCAUUAUUUUCUACUAAUACCACAGAAGUUGUGACCUUCGUGUCCUCUCUAGCACCUGCCGUGUUAACCUCAAUCUCCCUGGAACUGCUGCUUUCCCAAACAGAGUGAUCUAACUUUAAAAAUGAUGUCAAACUCUGUAGACCUCCUUCUAAAGCUGUCCUCUUCCUCUCUUCCCCUCUGACAUGUGCUGUUCCCUCUCUUGCUAUGUUUCCAUGUGCAGAUGGUUACCUAAUGUGGAGUCAUUCAACAUCAAUUUAGUCUUUAUCUAGAGAAUUAAAGAUUAAAUCUGUACAAAACAAGCCAUCAGUGUUCUACAAACUCUGGAUAAACUGUUACAGCAUGUUUAAAGCUAUUUAUUUGUAUAUAGGUGAACAUUUAUUUCCUUUCAUCAUCUGUCAUUGUUCUAGGAAGGUGUGUAAUUAUUUAGCCUUAAACUUAAAGGAACUCAGUGACAGACGAUGUCUCUGCUAUCUUGUCUGUAGACAUGUUGCAGUAUCCUCUGUAACCAAAUCAACCUCACGUUGUGCCUGGUUAUGGGACUACAGAGACUGGGUCCUGAUUUAUUGUCUGUAAAUUCUAAAUGGGUUUCAUUCAUUCUGAGCCAUGCCUUUGUUAUUUGUUUGUUAGAUUACAUCUUUGUGUCUUAGUAAACACAUGUGCGGUAGCCAACAUGUCUGACAGUGACGUUUCCAUUUCUGGUGCCAGGUACAGACAUUGCUUGAAUGUGCACUUUUAUGUAUUGUCAUGUUUAUAUUUUUGAAUAUAUUUAUAUCUGGAGGCUUGUAAGAUGAAUUAUGAAAAAAUAAAGUGUGCGAACAUG